UGAUUAGGGCUUCCGUAGAGGAGUAUGAUCACGUGACGUCUAAACCGGGAAGUGUUUUUCACAAAGUAACAAGGCCAAGCUUGUUCUCUGUCCCGUCUGCGCCGCAUAAUUGUGUUUCACGCUGAUUUAGGGACGGAUCAGCCGACGGAGACAGACAGCUGCAUUGGUUUUUAGUUGAAUUAGGAAAAAUGCAGAUAAAUGGCUGUUCUCGGCUGCUGUUAUUCAAUUGUCUUCUUAUCUGCGUCACUUUGUGGAGCGAACCGAGCAGCGGGUUGUUUUCCAAAUCAAACCGAAGACCCAAUAUUGUUUUGAUCCUCACAGACGACUUGGAUAUCGCUAUCGGGGGGCUGAAUCCACUGAGUAAAACAAAAAAACUCAUCGGGGAUGCAGGGAUAUCCUUCACCAACGCGUUCGUUGCCAGCCCGCUGUGCUGCCCGAGCCGGGCCAGCAUCCUGACGGGGAAGUACCCCCACAACCACCACGUCAUCAACAACACCUUGGAGGGUAACUGCAGCAGCACGGCCUGGCAGAAGAGCGAGGAGGCCCACACCUUCCCCGCCUUACUGAAGACCUACAGCGGGUACCAGACCUUCUUUGCCGGGAAGUAUCUCAACCAGUAUGGACACUCUGAUGCUGGCGGUGUGGAGCACGUCCCACCAGGCUGGAACUACUGGGUGGCGUUGGAGAAAAACUCUAAAUACUACAACUACACUCUGUCAGUGAACGGAAAAGCUCAGAAACACGGAGCAGACUACAACAAGGACUACCUGACCGACGUACUGGCCAACACGUCUCUGGAAUUCCUUCAGUUUAAAUCCAGCUACCAGCCGUUCUUCAUGAUGGUGUCCACGCCGGCCCCUCACUCCCCCUGGACCGCAGCCCCCCAGUACCAGAGCCGCUUCAACACCACCAAGGCUCCCAGGGACCCCAACUUCAACAUCCACGGGAAGGACAAACACUGGUUGAUCAGACAGGCCAAAACUCCCAUGACCAACUCCUCCGUUCAGUUUCUCGAUGAAGCCUUCAGGAAAAGGUGGCAAACUUUGCUGUCAGUGGACGACCUGGUGGAGAAAAUAGUGAAGAGGCUGGAGGUCCGAGGCGAGCUGGACAACACGUACAUCUUCUUUACAUCUGAUAAUGGGUACCACACAGGUCAGUUCUCUCUGCCGCUGGACAAAAGGCAGCUGUAUGAGUUUGACAUCAGAGUCCCUCUCAUGGUCAGAGGGCCAAAUAUCAAACCCAACCAGACCAGCUCGAUGCUGGUUGCAAACGUGGACCUUGGCCCGACCAUCCUGGACAUCGCCGGCUACAACGUCAGCAAGACCCAAAUGGACGGCAUGUCCUUCCUGUCUGUGAUGGAGGGAAAGACGAACAGCAGCAGUUGGAGGACGGACAUCCUGGUGGAGUACGAGGGCGAGGGCAGCAACGUGUCGGACCCCGCCUGCCCGCUGCUGGGACCGGGAGUGUCGGAGUGUUUCCCUGACUGUGUGUGUGAGGACUCCUACAACAACACUUACGCCUGCGUGCGCACCGUCGCCCCCUCUGCCAACCUCCAGUACUGCGAGUUCGACGACAACGAAGUGUUCGUGGAAGUCUACAACGUGACGGCAGACCCCUUCCAGCUGACCAACAUCGCAAAAACCAUCGACCAGGAAGUCCUGGAGAAGAUGAACCACCGGCUGAUGAUGCUGCAGUCCUGCUCGGGUCAGUCCUGCCGGACGCCCGGCGUGUACGAUCCAAAGUAUAAAUUUGACCCUCGGCAGCUGUUCCCCAGCCACAGCUGGAGGCUGAACAGACUCAGACAGACGAUGAAAUGAGAAGAACGAAUGAGGGAAAAGAAGAAGACGGAGGGAGCAGUUGAUUGGAGGAGGGCUGUAUUGUGUUGUGUUUUCCAGCCCUCCCUGCUGUUGUUGCCUUGUUUUUUUUAGCCUCCUGAGCCAAGCCAGUCUCUUUCAUAGGCGGAUAGAGAAGGGAUCACCCGUUUGGGGGAAUAGACGGGUCACUGUGGAGACGGGAGGCGUCUCUGGAUGCAGGAUCCACUGUCACACUUCCUGUUAUGGCCUCUGUCAAAUGAGUUUGUUUAUAUAUGUGAACGUAAAAGCCAGAUUGACAACCGUUGUACAAUAGCAAGCCAGGAUUGGAAUCCUGUUUAGUCAUCAGUGUUUCUUUUUGCACAUCAGCUCAUUCAGUCAUAUCCAUUUCGAAUCCGUUUUUCCUGCUUGUCCAAAUAUCCAGAAUUUGACUCAUGCCCGGCACAUUAUAAUGGUCAACAGUAAUUUGGCAUCCCUGUCAAAUCCAUGGGGAAAUGUAUUUUUUCCUACAGGUAAAUGCACAUAUUUAUGAAAGAGUGAAUUGCAGAUGAUUUUUCUAAAGAGUUUUAAAAGAAUAAAUCCUAAUCAUUCAAGUAAAUUAGAGAGUUGAUUUCCCAUCUGUGACACCUUUCACAUGUACCUGGUUACUAGUUAACAAACGCAGGGCUGUGUAGGCCUGACUUCAUAUUGUGUGACAUUUUUCCAACAGAGUGAGAGUAGAGAGCCGCAAUAUCUGGAGUGAUAGACGAGGAACAGGAAAAAAAAAAAAAAAAGAUGAUCAGUACAUAAGAAGUAUAAUCACAUCUAGUCCCACAUGCUCCGAAGUGGAUUAUUUGACUCUUCAGAAGUAGCGCCGUUGAUGCCCCACCUCCAUAGAAAAUGUCACCUAACAUAAAGAGACUUUUCUCAUAAGGUUAGAUUCAAAAUGCAUUUUAACUAUGAUUUGGUCCAAACCUGAUAAAUGAGAAGAACACCUAAAUUUAAGGGGCUUUUUUCUAAUUUUUUGGUCUAGACUCCAAAUCUCCACAGUUCAUAAAAUUCAGCUGGUUAGUCUGAACAUGUUAAUGGAUCCAACAGGACUUUAAGUCAGGCGAUGCGGGUCCUGGUGCUACGUCAAAACUAAAAGGGAAAGAUGGAAUCAUCAUCUAUAAAAGUAAUGUUGAUCAUCUGUUUGAACCCUCGUAAACAAAGGUCCUCUGCUCACGUCACCAACAUGCUAAUAGCAGCUGGAACAGAUGCAAAUUAAUCAGGUCAAACCACCUUCAAGUGUGUAAAGAAGCAGGGGAGAAAAAGGCUCAAGCAAAAGUUUAAGAUUUAAAAAAGGAAAAAUAAAAAGAUUAACUAGCUUAACUGUGGAAAGUCUGCACAAAGGAUUAAAAAAAAAAAAAAAAAGAAAAGUCACCAGCUCCUGGAGAGGAACCAGAAU